AUGCCUGGGCUGUCCCAAAAUGUCAACUUCUCCCAAUAUUCCGGUUACGUCACCGUCGACUCUCGAGCCGGUCGGGCCCUCUUUUAUUGGUUUGUCGAGGCCCAUGAGACAGCUCAACCCGAAUCAAGACCGAGUCUUUGGCUCAACGGUGGGCCAGGCUGUUCUUCGAUCGCUUACGGAGCGUCCGAGGAAGUUGGGCCUUUUCGGGCCCAACCCGAUGGUCGAACACUUCAUUUGAAUCCGUAUGCUUGGAACAAAGCGGCAAAUCUGCUCUUCCUGGAUUCACCUGCUGGUGUUGGAUUUUCCUAUUCUAAUACCUCAUCAGAUUCAUCAGUUGGUGACAAGAGGACAGCUAAAGAUGCUUAUAAAUUUCUAGUAAAAUGGCUUGAGAGAUUUCCCCAAUACAAGCAUAGGCCUUUCUACAUUAGUGGAGAAAGCUAUGCAGUUGAAUAUCAAUACUAUAAUGAUCCAGAGAGGUUCAGAUUUGCAAGGGAUACUUCGUUUGGUCGUCGGCAUCUGAAUUGUUGGAGUCAAUUUCCGAUCACCAUUUGGAUUGUCUGUUUCUUCAGACAGUUCUUUGGAUCAGUUACCAAAGUUGAUUACCUCACACUCAGACAUGGAUUUAUCGCGGCACAUUUGCCACCCGGUAGCGAAACCAAAUUCGAUUUCCAGAAGUACAUUAAGAGAUCAUUAGAAGAGGAUUUCAAAGUUGUGGUGGGGAUCAGUCCUGUUAUCUGGUUCAUUGCUGUAUUGUUUCUUCUAACUAAUACUCAUGGAUGGUUUUCAUAUCUUUGGUUCCCAUUUAUCCCCUUAAUUGUAAUUUUGCUGGUUGGAGCCAAACUUCAAGUUACAAUAACAAAAUUGGGAUUGAGGAUUCAAGAGAGGGGAGAUGUGGUUAAAGGCGCUCCAGUUGUCCAGCCCGGAGACGAUCUUUUCUGGUUCGGACGUCCUCAAUUUAUCCUCUUCUUAAUUCAUCUCGUACUCUUUACGAAUGCAUUUCAGCUUGCUUUCUUCAUCUGGGCAACGUACGAGUUUACCAUAAGAACCUGCUUCCACCAACGAUUGGAAGAUAUCAUUAUUAGAAUCUCCAUGGGGGUCCUCAUACAGGUUCUUUGUAGUUACGUGACUCUGCCUCUCUACGCACUUGUGACCCAGAUGGGAUCGACAAUGAAACCUACAAUUUUCAACGAGAGAGUAGCAACGGCACUUAAAAGUUGGCGUCAAACAGCAAAGAAACACACGAAACACGGUAGGAAUUCCGAGGCUACGACGCCAUUUUCUAGCCGGCCAACAACUCCUACCCACGGCAUGUCACCAGUUCAUCUCUUGCACAAUUACAAUCACCGCAGUGUUGACAGCUACCAAAACUCUCCGAGGAAUUCCAACUUCGACAACGAUCAAUGGGAUCCCGAGGCGUUGCAAAAUUCUCCGGGAUAUCACGAGAUAAGUGACUCCGAUGAAGCCAAACAUUCGGAUAGUCUUGGAGGACAAAAUAGGCCAGCAAUGGCAGAACCAGUCUCCGGUCAGCUGCCUCCGGGGCCUGCUGCUAUUAGGACGCAACGAGAAAUCAAUAUAGGUUCAUCAGAAUUCAGCUUCAGCAAGUGAUCAACCUACUUAUAUACACACACACACAUAUAUAUAUAUAUGUAUGUUACUACUAACCACAUAUCAUGUCUGCAUUUCUUAUACAUGAUGAUCGCAUGCAUUUGAGCCUCAUCAAGAUCAAAUUUCUGCAACUAAUGCAUAGGUAAUCGAUUAUAUGCACUUGAUCGGAGAAUGUUAAGACUCUGUCAA